AUGCAUGCCUCCGAGUCUGAUCGAUGUCGCAGACUGGUCAACCCUGACAAAAGGGGGGGAUUCGGACUGCGCAAUCUGGUCGCAUCGGCAACUGUCCAGAAUGAGUCCAUGGAUCAGAAGCAAGUUGAGAGGGCCCAGAAGAAGCUCGACAGUGAGUACGCAGGCAAGGGGAUGCGUGCAAGCCUCAUCUAUGAAGUCUUCAGGAAGACACCGCAGCCAGAUGGGGCGAAGUCACUUCCUCGCAAAACGUGGGAGAAGGUGCAACUUCGAGAGCCCGAUGCUGAGCUUGACACGCUCUGGGCUCCAGAGCGGUGCAACUGCCAUUGCGGCUGCCGCGCCGAGCUGGGCGAUGGCGAGGGGAGCCGCUGCAAGGACUGUCGCUCUCAAGGGCCAAGGCACCGGCGUUUGAAGCAGUCAGGGAGCCAAACAGAACAGAGUGUCGUGCUCGGCUGCUUUUGCCUGUAG